AUGGGUGCCAAGUGGGAAGUAACUUUCUUUGAAGAACAGCAGACACACGAGCUGAUAAAGAAGUUUUCUCUGAAGAAAUUCCUGAGGUCACAUCGGAACAUCUCUAAAGAAGAGAGAGAUUUCAUUAAGUUUCUCCAUGAAGUUAACCUAUCUUCUAGAAAAAUAAUGCAUUUCAUGGCAGAGAUAUAUGGAUCGCAGAAGAAUGUGCCAUACAAGAUUAAAGAUGUUUCUAACCUGAAGGCAACAUUCAACGAGCUCCAGCAAGUUGGGGAUAUGGGGCAGCAGCUAACUUACUUUAAUGAAUUGAGAGAAGAAGAUCCAGGCUUUUUCUACAAAAUACAACUUGAUCAUCACCACAGAGUUGAAGCCUACUUCAAAGACCACUUCUUCCCAUUCCUCCAAACAACUGCCCGCAGUGAAGGCUUCAAUGUUGUUCUUAAGAAGAACGUGAAUCCUCACAACAGCAUCUUCCAAUUCUUUCUUCAGUACAAGAAACUACAGGAAAAUCAUACAGUGGAAGCAAACAUGGUUGAGAAGACAUACAACUGCGAGUGCUCGAAAAUAAAAAGAGACGGGAUGCUAUGCUACCAUGUGUACAAAGUUCUAACGUACAUGGGUCAGACGGAUGAAAUACCAAAACAAUACAUCCUAGCUAGAUGGUGUAACCCAGCAGAAGAGCUAGAACCAAUCAAGUUUGAGAAACCAACAAACAUAACAGGCAAGUUGUCCAGAAAAGACAUGAGACUGAUUAGAUAUGGCAAUAUGUGUCAAGAUUUCACAAAGAUAGCAGCAAUUGCAUCAACUUCAGACAAGAUAAUAGCUAUCGCUAAGAAACACAUGGCUGCCAUGGAGUUAGAUGUAAAUGCUGCAAGAAAAGUUGCUGCUACUGCAAGCAAGAAAAAGAAGGAGACACCAAAAUCUGCUCCUACAAGUGCUGAAAAUCAAGCUGCAGAAGGUGCUGAUGAACAACAAACACAAGAUGAGAAGGUUCUAGACCCACCAAGCACGGUAACAAAAGGAAGACCAGUUUCAAGAACAAAAAAGUCAGACCUAGGGAUAAAACGCACAUGCCCUAAUGAAUGCAACUUGUGUGGUUCAAGAGAACAUACUUCAGCAAAGUGCCCACUCAAGCUACUUCAAGAGACAAAGAAUCUACCUCAUGUUCUCUAG